AUGUUUGGCAAAACAGGCAAAUCCAAACACGGCGGCUCGAGCCGUGGAAAAGGAAGCUCCGGGAAUCACACACUCCCUGUGGGCUUUCUCUUUCUCAUCAACAAACUGGUGAUCCAGGAACCAGAACGAGAUGAUUACCAUCACCAUAUCCCGCCUCGACAGCCACAUAUGUACUCGGCUGAGCUUCCGAGCAAGGUGUUCCGGUACUCCAACGGCGAGAUCUCGGAAGCUGGGGGAUAUCAUUGGUAUCGUGAACAGGGAACCCCUGGGGUUCUUUUUCGACUUGACUACGCUGGCAAUUAUAUGUCGGACCCAAACACAGGAAAUUAUGUCUGCGCCGAGGAGUACAAGACCUUUUCUGUCGCUGCUUGCAAUCCUCUACUCCCUAUCAUGGUCGGCGACUCGGACCCCUCGGUCUAUUCAACGAACUGGGAGCUCUUGCGCAUCUUCCACCCUCCACACUCCCGCGGCCUCUCCCAGGUUGUCACGCUCGAAAGCAAUAUGGGAGAAGGGGGAGCACCGGUCCGCUAUGUUGCUGGCAAGUCACCCAGCUGGAUGCCCGGUCUCCUACCCAAGACGUACCGUUCACCCCACUCGCAUUCACCAGGCUCGACGGGCCUGGGGGGAGAGUUGCCCAUCAUACUGGGGUUGAUGGCGCUGUGCGCUGAGAAGGAUCGGAGUAGCAAUGAGCCCGUGAACCAGCUAUUUCUAGAGCGGUGCGCAUGGCGGCGGAAUGAAUGGAGGAAUGGCGACACACCACGUGGUUAUCCAGAUACCGCCCAGGACGACCCAUGCAUCUUCCUCGUCAAGGUGUUUCUCGACCCAGAAAACCCGGCGAGUACAGAAGAAUCCCUCUUGUUGUUUGAAUGGCACUCUGCUGUUGUCCGCGAGUCGUCAUCGUCAAGCGGAUCGCGGUGA